GGACGGCCGCGAGCACGCGCUGGCCUGGAGCCUGGCGCUGGAGGACACCGGGCUCUGCGCCGACUUCCACCCCGGGGGACACGUGGUGGCCGUGGGGCUGCUGACGGGGCGGUGGCUGGUGCUGGACGCGGGCACGCGGCAGCUCCUGGCCGGGGGCUCGGACGGCAACGAGCAGCUCUCGGUGGUUCGCUUCUCACCGGACGGCUCCUUCCUGGCCAUCGGCUCCCACGACAAUUUCAUCUACAUCUACAGCGUGGCCGAGGGCGGCCGCAAGUUCAGCCGCUUCGGCCGCUGCACCGGUCACUCGAGUUUCAUCACCCACCUGGACUGGUCCAAGGACGGGCGGUUCAUCAUGUCCAACUCGGGGGACUAUGAGAUCCUCUACUGGGACGUGGCCGGGGGCUGCAAGCUGCUGCGGAACCGCUUCGAGAGCCGCGACCGGGAGUGGGCCUCCUACACCUGCGUGCUGGGCUUCCACGUCUUCGGGGUGUGGCCGGACGGCUCCGACGGCACCGACAUCAACUCGCUGUGCCGCUCGCACCACGAGCGCGUGGUGGCCGUGGCCGACGACUUCUGCAAGGUUCACCUGUUCCAGUACCCCUGCGCCCGGCCCAAGGCUCCCAGUCACGUGUACGGCGGGCACGGCAGCCACGUGACCAACGUGCGCUUCACGCACGACGACGGGCACCUGGUGUCGCUGGGCGGGAAGGACACCAGCGUCUUCCAGUGGCGCGUGCUGCCCGGCGACAGCGGCUGAGCCCCCGCGCCGCCGCCGCCUCCUCUUCCUCGCUGCUUCCUCCUCCCUUUCCCCCCUUCCUUCCUGGGACCAAAGAGCGGCGCGGGGUGGGGGGCGGUUCAAGCCUUCCUCCCUCCCGGCCGCGUUUUUUUUCGCGCUGCACACUGUGAGAGGCGUCAAUAAAAGCCUUGGGGUCAGGG